GCCGCAAAGAGGCUGGCGAUCACCACUUUGGCCAAGGAGUCAGGUGUUCUCGCCAGUGACGUUCCCAACUCGCAGGACUCGAGGCCCACCAUGUUCGAUCCUCAGUGGGACGAGGACUUCUUCAGCAAGCUGGACCAGUACGAAUGGGAAGAAUCAGAACGUACCGAGCUGAGGAAGCUCGAGCAGGGGCUCAUCCAGGCCCGCAACAACUUGGGCGAGCGCAACACCAAGAUCACGGAGUGGAAGAAUCGUAUGGAGCAGCUCAAGGAAGCGGUCCACGAUCGCACGAGGAAGAAGAGGAAAGCAGGCGGAAGCGCCGCCGCAGCUCCACCGCCCGCCAGCGGCCACGACGAGGCCGCCAUCGCCGCUGAGGCCAAGCGGAUCCCGGAAGCCAAGCUCGCAGCCGCAGAGCUCGCCCAGCAGCAGAGG